CACCUGAAUUGCUUCUACACAUUUACACAUUUGUGGUGGUCUGCCCACGAAUACCCGACCACCCUGCCCUAACAUGGCUCGCAUAUCAACAAAGACGCUCAGCAGAUACCUUUUCCAAGGCCAAUUACCCAGAAGAGGGUGCCUGUCUCUUUGGCAAGCGCACAGCUCAAUCCGUCCCUGUCCUGUUGCUUCCAUACCAAGCGCUCGGAGCUUGCGACAGCUUCGUACCGACGCAAGUCUAACGCAGCGAGACCCCGCGCCGGUUCACGUUCCUCUGCGGAAACAGCUCAAAGAUGAGGCCAAGAAAGCAAAGGCAUCUGGCAAGAAGAAAACGAAGAAUGUAGAUAACCAGGUGGUCGACGGCUGGGAGUUGACGGUCGGCAUCGAGAUCCACGCCCAGCUCAACACGGCCAGGAAGCUCUUCUCGGCUGCUACCACCUCCUUCAACGACCAACCCAACUCCCAUGUCGCCUACUUUGAUCUGGCAACACCGGGAAGCCAGCCAAUAUUCCAGAAGGAAACGCUCAUCCCCGCCCUGCGCGCCGCCCUGGCCCUCAACUGUGAUAUCCAACCUGUGAGCAGGUUCGACCGAAAACACUACUUCCAUUGGGACCAGCCAUCGGGCUACCAAAUCACACAAUUCUACGAACCCUUCGCCCGCAAUGGACGCAUCAUGCUACAGCCGAGGGAUGGCAUUGCCGCUGAGGACGGCGACGGCAUCUCCAUCGGCAUCAAGCAGGUGCAGAUGGAGCAAGACACCGCAAAAACGAUGGCACAACCCGGUGACGUGCAGUGGGUAGACUUCAAUCGUACUGGUGUGCCCCUCAUAGAAAUCAUUACGUUACCCGAUAUUCACCACCCUGCUACGGCGGCUGCCUUCGUUCGGAAGGUCCAAAUCCUUCUGAAUGCCGUUGAUUCUUGUGUUUCCGGCAUGGAAGCUGGCGGCUUGCGAGCCGAUGUCAACGUGUCGGUGCGACGAAGCGAUGACCCGUCUGCCCCACUGGGCACACGCACCGAGAUCAAGAACUUGAGCAGCUUCAAGGCUGUCGAGGAUGCCAUCAUUGCCGAGCGCGAUCGCCAGAUCUCCAUUCUUGAGGCUGGCGGUAUCAUAGCGGGGGAAACCCGGGGGUGGUCCAUUGGCUCGACCGAGACGCGUCGAUUGCGUGGAAAGGAGGGCGAGGUGGACUAUCGCUACAUGCCCGAUCCAGACUUGUCUCCUGUUAUCAUUGGUGACGACCUUGUCAGCCACCUUCGCACGGCGAUGGGCCAGCUGCCUGACGCAGAAGUAGACGAGCUGAUUCAAGAAUUCGGAAUCACCUCCAAAGACGCACUAUCGCUUGUCGCUCUCGACGGCGGAAACCGGAUCGAGUACUUUUGGAAUGUUGUUGAUGCUCUUUCAGCUCGGCUUGGGUUCGAUUCUCCCGAAACUUUGGCUUGCUAUCAACUUGCCGCGAACUGGAUUCUGCAUGAGCUCGGCCGCUUGACUGCCAGUCACCAAACCGAUUCCGCUCAACCCCUCGAGUUCACACCAGAAGGUCAAUGCGAACGUGUGCCUGUCAAACACCUCGUCGACAUAGUUAUAUCCCUGCACCAGCGCAAGAUCACUGCCAAAGUCGCCAAGGAACUUCUGUGGGUCGUCUACCGGGGCACGAUUCCCCGGGAAUAUGCCAGUGUCAGAGAAGCAAUAGAGAAGGAAAACAUGUGGUUCCAGGAGCUGUCGGAGGCGGAGUACGAGGUGCUUGCCCGGUCGGCCGUCGAGGGUCAGGAUGAUGUCGUGGCUCAGUUCGUAGACUGCAAGCAGUAUCCCACGGGCAAGCUGAUGUUCUUGGUGGGACGCAUGAUGCGGCUGGGGCCGGAGGAGAAAAUCGACCCCAAGAAUGCCGAGAGCGUCAUGCGGAGGUUUCUUAAAACUUAUGUUGUCGAGCUGAAGAGUAAGCCGAGCUGAAGAGUAAGAAAUGAAGAGAUACCUAUGAUUUUGCCGAAGUCGGAAUUUCAAAAAUAGUACUUGUUUUCGCCUCCAACUUUGUUAAAUAAAGAAAUACAUAAUAGGUGAAUGCAAUUCUUCUCCGUC